AAUCUGUUUCCUUGGAAACUCGUCCAUUUAAACUGUCCAAAAAUGGCACAGUGGUGUCACUUGCAGUUAAAACCUGAAACAAAACUGCAGCCUACCAAAGUAAUCAUUGGCUAAUUGUGCAUCUAAAGAAAAGUACUUCUUCCAAAGGCCAUGGUGAAGGAAAAGAAAAAAGCAGACAGAAAAGGAGAUAAGUCAGUCUGCUCCCCCUCCUCUAUCUCUGAGUACCCAGAAGCUUCUAAACAUGAUGGGAAUGCCAGUAAGCAGGACGCAUCCAGUACCACCGUCCCACCGGUGGAAACGACAACCAAGCAACCAGCACCCAAAAAAGAACCCACAAAUGUAUAUCAGUCUGAAGAUGAGACCCAGUAUGAAGAGCCCAUCCUGACAAAACUCAUAGUAGAAAGCUAUGAAGGGGAGAAAGUCCGUGGACUGUAUGAAGGAGAAGGCUUUGCUGUCUUUCAAGGUGGAAAUACCUACCAUGGCAUGUUUUCAGAAGGACUGAUGCAUGGACAAGGGACUUACAUUUGGGCUGACGGGUUGAAAUAUGAGGGAGACUUUGUGAAGAACACUCCCAUGAACCACGGCGUGUACACAUGGCCAGAUGGCAGCACAUAUGAAGGAGAAGUGGUCAACGGCAUGAGGAACGGGUUUGGUAUGUUUAAGUGUGGCACACAUCCCAUGUCCUACAUCGGCCACUGGUGCCACGGCAAGAGACAUGGAAAGGGCUCCAUCUAUUACAAUCAAGAGGGAACCUCUUGGUAUGAGGGAGACUGGGUAUACAACAUCAAAAAGGGCUGGGGAAUAAGAUGCUACAAGUCAGGAAACAUGUAUGAAGGCCAGUGGGAAAACAACAUGCGCCACGGGGAAGGCAGAAUGAGAUGGCUGACAAUAAAUGAGGAGUAUACUGGCCACUGGGAGAAGGGGAUCCAGAAUGGCUUUGGAACACACACAUGGUUUCUAAAGAGAAUCCCCAACUCUCAGUAUCCUUUGAGGAAUGAAUACAUAGGAGCAUUUGUUAAUGGCUUUCGUCAUGGACACGGGAAAUUUUACUAUGCCAGUGGAGCAAUGUAUGAGGGAGAAUGGGUUUGCAACAAAAAGCAUGGCAUGGGCAGAGUAACCUUCAAGAAUGGACGUGUGUAUGAAGGCAUGUUUUCCAAUGACCACAUUGCAGAGUACUUUGAAGCUGAACCUGACUUCAUACACAGCCUGGACAGUUGGUCAGAUAUCUCCCAAAGGAGCCAGCAGAUGCAGGAAUCUUCUAUCAGUGCUGGUAGAGAGCCUGAAACCCUACGAAAGCUGGAUGGCAGUGAAAGCCAUUCUGUGUUAGGAUCGAGCAUCGAGCUGGACUUAAAUCUGUUGCUGGACAUGUACCCUGAGGAAAGACAAGAAGAAGAAAAGAAGCAGGUGGAGUUUGCAAUCCUAAGGAACAUUACCGAGCUAAGAAAGAUCUACUGCUUCUACAGCGCCCUAGGGUGUGACCACUCUCUGGAUAACACCUUUCUGAUGACAAAGCUUCACUUCUGGAGGUUUCUGAAAGACUGUAGGUUUCAUCACCACAAUAUAACUCUUGCGGAUAUGGACAGGGUUUUGAGCAUCUAUAACGGCAUACCAAUCGAAGAAAUCCACUCUCCGUUUAGAACCAUACUCUUAAGAACAUUCCUGAAUUACCUCCUGCAGCUGGCUUACCACAUCCAUCACAAAGAAUACCAGAACAGAAGCCCAUCACUCUUUCUGUGUUUCACAAAACUGAUGACUGAGAACAUUCAUCCAUAUGCCUGUCAGGUAAAAGGUCAUUUAUUCAGCGAGCAACAGCGGACGCUCUACUCAAUGAAUUAUAUUGAUAAGUGCUGGGAGAUUUACACAACCUACUGCAGACCAAAUGCAGCCCCACCCUAUGAGCUGACAAUGAAGAUGAGGCAUUUCCUCUGGAUGCUGAAAGACUUUAAGAUGAUAAAUAAGGACUUAACUGCAAUGAAAUUUAUGACUGUGAUAGCGGAGGAUAGCCCUUUCAUGUAUGAUGGAACUGACAGCAACUUUGAACUUGAGCUGGUUUUCCUGGAAUUCUUUGAAGCUCUCUUAUGUUUCUCCUUCUGCUGCAUUUUUGACCAGAUCACCAGAUCCUUUGUAAAAUUCCCAUCUGGAGAGCCUACCACAAACCGCUACAGCAGCACUCACACGAUAUUAAACCAGAGCUUCCACAGGAGCCUAAGUGUAGUCACAAGCCUUGACUCCGAGGUCCACUUCGGCAGCACCAAGUCAUCCUCAGGAGUUCUGCCUGAUGGUAGAAUCAGGCAGUCGGAGCACAAGCUCAAGUCCCUGAGUGAGGAAAAACCCUCCAAAGUGACCCUCAAGUCUCAAGGAAGAGGCCUGCUGUUUAUGUCGCCACAAGACAAAUAUGAAAAACCCAGAGAUGAGCAGAAAGAGAAAAUCAACGUGUGGGUGAACAACCUCUAUGUCUUCUUUGCGACCGUGCUCUUCAGAGCCUACAAACGUGAGGAGAUGCUCAAGGAGAAAGUGAAGGAAAACCGGCUCCAGGAAGUAGUGCUGGCUCAGCAGAGGAAGAUAGAGAACGACGAGCUAGAAGCCAGGCUGAACGUCCUACGUGAAGAAGAGGCCAAGAGACAAGACUUCGACGUUGAAAUCACUGUGCUCAAGGAGGUGCUGGAGCCUCCGGUCUCACUGCCACUCACACCCACCUCUGCUAAAGAUGAAAUGGCAUCCACCCAGAGCAGCAAGGCCAGCCCUGGCAGGAAGAAGAAGAAGUGAAGGUAAUGUGGGUCAUGGCUGAGCUGCAAGGACGAGCAGACGUGAAAGCUGUGGCUAAUGUCCCAUACAAUAAACUGUUUCAAUUUGGCUUCUGA